UCGUGUAAAAUACGCCACAGUGCUGCGAAGCGCUGAGCUGGAUUUGCUCCAGGUACAUCCUUGCAGCUUCCACACCAACCUCAUGUCAAGAUGCUAGGUCAAUGAGCUACCACGUCGACUGGCGAUGCCUGCCAUCGCCGGGGGUACUGUCGAGGUGUGACUGCAGGCAUUGCUCCAUCGAGCACAUUUGCGACAUUCAAAGUCCCACCCACUCAUCUUCGAGCAACAUGCGCUGGCCGAACGGAAGGACGAUGAGCACAAAUAUCGACCGAGCCACUCAACAAACAGCAUACAAAUGGACUCGACUGAUUGUUCUGGUUAAUCUUGAUCCCCGCAUCCUACCCAAUUGCAAAUAUGAACUCCUGUGGUCGACGUGCAGACUCUUCGGAUGAUGAGACUCCACGACCGGCACGACGUUUGUCUCUACCAGGAGCCAAGUUCAUUGCAGAGCUACCCAAGAAGUCCAAGGAAGAUCUCAAGAAUGUGGAAUAUGAUUUUGAACUCAAGAGCGAAGAAGUAAAGGCAUGGGAACUUCGCGGAUCUCCAAGAGUCAUGCCACAUCUCAUGGCUGGACUUCCCGACGCGGAGGUGAUUAUGAUGUCCCCUGGUCAGAUGGCACCCCCGGACGUGCUAUACUAUCAGCACUGGGCGGUCAAGAUCCGCGAGCACGAAGCAGAACGACUUCGCCGUCAGGCCGUGCGUGCGCAUCAAAACCAUCAAGCGAUGAUUGCACGCAUACAGACACAAGCCCGAGAACGUGUGGGUGUUGCUGAAUUUGAACUCGCACAGUACCUGGAAGCGGAGCGAGCGAGAAUCGCACAGAUCAACGCUCAACGGCUGGUCAUGAUGCAGGAAGCUCGCAAUAAGUCAAUUUCUCGGGUUGGCAUGGAUGAAGAUGCAGCCCAGGUACGUAACAAGCAGCGCAUCAAUGCCGCAAGUUCACAUGGGCAGCGAUACUAUACGACUCAAUCAUACCAACCAGGCGGCUCGGCCGGUUCAUCACGAUACAAUUCCGGGAAGCCAAGUCUGAAGAGCAAAGCCUCCUCCGAGGCGCCACAUGGCGGACACGGCGAUAAUAUCGGACGUGCACGAUGAUGAUCGUCGCUUGAAAUAGCAGUGUUCGCUAAACCCAAUUGUUUUAUUCGACAGAGCUCGAUUCAAUCUCCUGCCCUUUUCCGUUCACACUUUUUUCUUCACUGUAUUCACGAUGACGACGGUCUGAGAUGCGACAGACCCAUCCAGCUCAAGAUGAUCUCGCUCUAUAAAGCUGGCUCAACCAUAAGUCGUAAUGUACUUGCUCUUGCCGGUUUAUCAAGCAGGACAAUGUAAAUUGAUGCUUUUCGUGCACUCUGCAAGAUCAUGGAUACGUUCUGGAAGUACUAAAAGUCCCGCCC